AUGGCGUGCCGUCUUCCUCGCAUCUCGGCCGCGCGACUCGCCGAGACUACAAAGUCCGCGUCAACCGACGCCGAAAAAGAAGAUUAUGCGCAACAACAAAAGACAGUGCUCUACCUGGCCUAUGGCUCCAAUCUCUCGACGGAGACGUUUCGCGGACGCCGGGGCAUCAAUCCGCUCUCGCAGAUCAAUGUGUACGUGCCAGACUUGAAGCUCACGUUUGACCUGGCCGGGAUUCCGUACAUAGAGCCUUGUUUUGCUGGAAGCCGGUAUCGCUCAGAGACAAACACCGCCGAAGAAAAAGAGACAGCAAGAUACCGAGACGAAACAGCUGAAGCUGAAGCGUGCAUCGCCGAAACUGCCAACAGAAGAAGAACCUCCUCGUCGUUGCAAGACGAAAAAGUCCCCCUCGUCGAUGUAUCCCACGACCACGAAUACCAUAAGGAUCGCUGGUGUAAGCCCCUUAUUGGCGUCGUUUACGAAGUCACACUCGAAGACUACUCGAAAAUAAUCGCGACUGAGGGAGGAGGAAAUGGAUAUCGCGAUAUUACUAUCAAAUGCUAUCCCUUUCCAGACCAGUACGACUCGUCGCAGCCCACACCGGACACAAAUCCAACGACACCGUUUAUAGCGCGAACAUUGCUUUCACCUUGGAAGCCGGAUAACACGCACGACGACCCGCGGAUGCGUCCGGACCCUUCGUACGCGCAGCCGUCGGCGCGGUAUAUGCAGUUGUUAAUGAAUGGUGCCCAAGAGCUGGAUCUUCCGCAGGACUAUAGGCACUUUUUGGCGGGUAUUCGCCCGUAUACGAUUACUACAUGGAGGCAGAAGAUCGGGAAAGCGCUGUUUUUGGCGAGAUGGGGGCCUCUCCUCUUGUCUCUGAUGGGUUUGCAGCGAGUGCUUGCAGACGACAGAGGUAUAAUGCCCCCAUGGCUCGCGAGUAUCCAAGAAAAAGCCUUCAAAGCCGUGUGGAACAACUACGAUGGCUCCUUUCGCAGGAUAUUCGGAGACGGCGAGCGUACAAUCGGAGAUGUAUGA